AUGUAAAAACUGUAAGUGGUGUGGCGAAGAACGCUCAGUUCUUCCUGGGAUCUCGCUGCGUUCGCUCGCCUUCACGGAUGCGCCAUCCGUCCGUGGGACAAUAAAUCGGUUUGACACUUAGCGAGCAUCCGUGCGAUCCCCCAAACUAAGAAGCAGUAGCGCAGUCUUGGCGGGUGAUGAGCUCCGUGGAAACUACGCUCCGUGUGUGAUAAAGCAUUGAAUCAUCCGUCUAUAUUCGCCGGAUAGCGACCGGAUAGGGGGAGGAUUCUUUUCCGGAAACUAUUCGAGCUGCGUGGGGCAUUUCUCUUCAACGCGAUGACAAAGGACCAGCAGGCGACACCCAUUCCCGAGGAGCUGUACAAUCUCACCAAGCUGGCGGAGGUCACUCUGUCGGUGGGUCCUCUGGUCACAGACGAGGUGAAGCCACUGCCACUGUACGCCUCCUCGGACGACGACUCCAACUAUUACAGCCACAAGGUGUUUGAUCGCAGGAAACUGCGUCGAUGCACCAUCUCCGACUCGAAUUCCUGCACCAGCACCAGCAGCAGUUCCAGUUCCAGCUCCAGCUCCAGCCGACAGUCCUCGGAGGACCACCUGGGACUCCAGGGGCAUUCGUCGGCGCACCACCACCAUGCGGAGCCGGGCGAAAUCCUCAACAGCAGCUCGCUGCUGGAGGACGAGCACAUCUGUCCCGAGUGCGGAAAGAAGUACUCCACAUCCUCCAACCUGGCACGUCAUAGACAAACGCACAGGUCCAUCAUGGACAAGAAGGCGCGCCACUGUCCGUAUUGUGAGAAGGUGUACGUUUCGAUGCCCGCCUACUCGAUGCACGUGCGCACCCACAAUCAGGGAUGCGAGUGCCUGUACUGCGGCAAGCGCUUCUCGAGACCCUGGCUCCUCCAGGGCCACAUCCGGACCCACACCGGCGAGAAGCCCUUCAAGUGCGGCGUCUGCGAGAAGGCGUUCGCCGACAAGAGCAACCUGCGCGCCCACAUCCAGACCCACUCGAACACCAAGCCACACACGUGUGCGCGAUGCGGCAAGGCCUUCGCUCUCAAGUCCUACCUGUACAAGCACGAGGAGUCCUCCUGCAUGAAGAACCGGGGCGGGGUCUCUGCAUCGGGAUCGGUAUCGGGUGGAUCAGCAUCCGGUAGCUCCCGGCCUCCCUCUUCGCCCAAGAGGCAGCAGUCGGAGAUGGCCGGCGGCUGCACCUCGGCCUUGGGUUCCGGAUCCCCAGUUGCGCUGUGCACCGCCUCUGACUCAGCCAAGUCCACGCUGGCCAACAAGCUGCUGCAGAAGGAAAAGGAGCGCAGGCAGGCGGCCUUGGCCUUCCAGGGCUUUCCGGCUGGCCCAGAGGCAACGGCCUACGAGGAGUACGAGAAGUUCAAGCGGAUCAACGUGAUCCAGCCGAAGGCGCUGCCGCACAGAGUACCCAGUCUCUACCAGGACCUGCUCCCCAAUCCCCACGUGCCACUGGCCUUGCCCUUGGCCAUGCCGUACCACUUUCAGGGCCAGGCCACGUCCGCGCCCGCGCCCGCGGAGACCAGCUCCGUGCAGGAACAGCCCGUUGACUUUUCGCCCAAGAACAACUUUACGCACUCGGCCAAGACGAGUCCCUUCGAGCUGACCGGCAAUUACGCCAUGGUCGCAUAGGAACAUCCCCACCAGGACACCGAGCAAAAGACACCGGAGAGAGCAAAGCAGAGCCGUUACUGAAAUCCAAGUCCUUUCAAAGCCCACCCCAAUCCAGGACAUUUUCUUACUGUAGUCAACGAAUAUGUGAUAAUAAUGCAAAAGAGCUAAAGUACCAUUAGAGAGUAGAUGAUUCCAGAGCGACGAGGAGCACGCACAGCUCGUCGAACAGAAGGGUUUCCUCUUCGCGGAGAGCUCCAGAGAAGAGAAGGCGAGGUCAUACAGAGUAGAUAUAGAGAGCCAAGGUUGGAUCGAUUCCCGAUUGAUCGUUUGAUCUUCACUUAGUUGUAAUAAGAGACUUCUUAGAGACUUGCCAAGAACAGCGACAAAAAACCAAUGUAACCAGUAUUUUUUUAUAGCACAUACGAUUACCGAUCGGAGAGUUAGCAUCGCGAGAUGUAGGAUAUAGCAUCCCACUCCGCACUCCGGACGAUCGAACUCCGCAGCAAAGCUACAAACUUUACACAUAGUCAACUAGCUUUAUGAUUUUACAAGCACUAGGCAUAUCCAAACUAACCCCAUUAAUCACUUUGCAUUAAGGCAUUGGUCGGCUUCCUGCUUCCGGCACGGAAGUCGCUCCAAAACGAGAGAACUUCUAGUCUUUACAUUUAAAUUCAGCGCACAUUUGGCCAGAGCAAGGGGUAUCCCCAUCUCCUCACCUUUGUGCGCGCGCUAUUUUAAGCACUUUACGGCCGCAAGUGGUGCAAUAAUUGACAUAACCGUAUCGCUGAUUAAUUAGAGUAAUUAGGGUACCAUAUUGCAAUCUGUAUAUUUCUACUUUCACGAUUCGGAGCAACCGGCCAUCUCAUUGUAGCCCCACCAUCUGGUUAUCGAGAGACAGACACCCACUGCAUUUCGACUCGACCUACAGCUAAUCGCACCAAAGAUACUUCGUUUUAGAUGCGCACGCAUCUACCUUUAUACCUUUAUGUACUCGUACUUACACCAAAAGAUAUAUACACGUAUACGUAGCUCUAAAAUGUAUGAUAGAUUUGCACAUUAACUCGAAUUAAACGAGAGAUCCACUGAUCCCGAGAAAAUGCAAACCAAAGUGUUCUUAUUUCUAGCAACUGGGCGGAUCAUUGAUUUUUGUUUAUUAGUUCAUAGCUGCCGAUAAAAGAUGUGCGGUGACUGAUAAUUUGGACUGCCACUAUUGUAAUGUCCCAAAUCCAAGUACAAAUGUAAGAGCAAACAAACCCAGUAACGAA